AUGAGGACUUCACUGUCCCUCAGCGCCGCCAUGGUGCUGGCCCUGGCCUCCGUGGCCAAGGCUAUCCCGCUCUGCGCGAUCAACUGUUUCCAGGGUACCAUCACUGACUACCCUCCGCUCGACUGCACGGAGCCCAACAUGUACCUCUGCUUCUGCAAGAGCGAGUUCCUUGCCAUCACUUACAAGGACUGCACCUACACCGCAUGCAGCACCCCCGAGGAUAUUGCUGAUGCUAUCAACUUCGGCAUUGACCUUUGCGAACAGCUCGGUGCCCCAAUUGACAUCCCCACUGGCCCUCCCACCACUCAGCCCACUGUCGAACCGACCCCUGAGCCUACUCCUGAGCCUCCUUCCAGUGAACCCCCCAGCUCUACCGCUACCUCCGCCCGCCCCAGUAGGACUCCCUGGCCCGAAUGUGUCUUCACCUGUGUGAAUCAGGGAGUUGCUGCCGGCGAACCCUUCGGUUGCACCCAGGAUAACCCCGCUUGCUUCUGUCAGCAUGAGGAACUUGUGACUGGAUACAGGGACUGUGCCUAUGCUGAGUGCCAGUCGCCCGAGGAAAUCACUCGCGUGAUCAACUACGGCUUGUACCUCUGCGAGGAAGCCGGAAUCCCCGUCACUGUGCCCACUGUCCCACCUACCCUCGUGCCCACCGACAUUGCCAGCACCACCUCCGCUGCCCCCACACGAACCAGGACCCCUUGGCCUGAGUGCGUCUUUACUUGUGUGAACCAGGGAGUUGCCGCCGGUGAACCAUUCGGCUGCACCCAGGACAAUCCCGCUUGCUUCUGUCAGCAUGAGGAACUUGUUACUGGUUACAGGGACUGUGCCUAUGCCGAGUGCAAGACCCCUGAGGAGAUCACUCGAGUCAUUAACUAUGGUCUGUACCUCUGCGAGGAGGCUGGCAUUCCUGUCACUGUGCCCACUGUCCCACCUACCCUCGUGCCCACCGACAUUGCCAGCACCACAUCCGCUGCUCCCACCCGCACCAGGACCCCUUGGCCCCAGUGUGUCUUCACCUGCGUCGAUCAAGGUCUUGCCGCAGGCACAUCCUAUGGCUGCAAUUCCAAUGAGGAUUUGGAAUGCUUCUGCAGUCAUGAUGAGCUCAUUACUGGAUACCGUGAUUGUGCCUAUGCUGAAUGCGAGUCUGAGGCUGAAAUCACGCGCGUCAUAAACUAUGGGCUUUACCUUUGCGAUUCAGUCAACAUCACCGUCACUGUCCCCACUGUUCCUCCCACGCUCGUUCCCUCCUCAACCCUCCCCAGCGGCACUGCCGACACCACGUCUAGUGCCCCCACUCGCACCAGGACUCCUUGGCCUCAGUGUGUUUUCACUUGUGUGGACCAAGGUCUUGCGGCAGGCACAUCCUAUGGCUGCAAUUCCAAUGAGGAUUUGGAGUGCUUCUGCAGCCAUGAUGAGCUCAUCACUGGAUACCGCGACUGUGCGUACGCUGAAUGCCAGUCUCCGGAAGAGAUUACCCGAGUCAUCAACUACGGCCUUUACCUUUGCGACUCGGUUAAUAUGACCGUGACCGUUCCCACUGUUCCCCCCACGCUCGUCCCUACUACCGCCCCAAGCGGCACUGCCACAACCACCGCACCCACUCGUACCAGGACUCCUUGGCCCGAGUGUGUGUUCACCUGCGUUGACCAGGGUCUUGCGGCGGGCACGUCUUACGGCUGCGAUUCCAAUGAGGAUUUGGAAUGUUUCUGCUCCCACGAUGAGCUCAUUACUGGCUACCGGGACUGCGCCUAUGCUAAAUGUAAGUCGCCUGAAGAAAUCACCCGUGUUAUCAACUACGGACUGUAUCUCUGCGACUCGGUCAACAUCACCGUCACUGUCCCCACUGUUCCUCCCACGCUCGUUCCCACCACUGUCCCCAGCGGCACCGCCAGCACAACCUCCACAGCGCCCACUCGCACCAGAACCCCCUGGCCCGAGUGUGUGUUCACUUGUGUCGAACAGGGCCUUACCGCCGGCAAGCCGUACGGCUGCGACUCCAACGAGGAUCUGGAAUGCUUCUGCUCCCAUGAAGAACUUGUCACUGGCUAUCGUGACUGCGCUUACUCUGAGUGCAAGACGCCAGAGGAAAUCACUCGUGUGAUCAACUACGGUCUCUAUCUCUGUGACUCUGUCAACAUUACCGUCACUGUUCCCACCGUCCCUCCCACGUCCCAGCCCACUGUUGUCCCUUCUGCAACGACAAGCUCUGCUCGCCCCAGCAGGACCCCCUGGCCUGACUGCGUCUUCACUUGCGUCGAUCAGGGCCUUGCCGCCGGCAAGCCCUACGGCUGCGACGACGAUGAGGACUUGGAAUGUUUCUGUUCCAACGAGGAGCUCGUCACUGGCUACCGUGACUGUGCCUACGCCGAGUGCAAGACCCCCGAGGAAAUCACCCGCGUGAUCAACUACGGCUUGUACCUUUGCGAUUCGGUCAACAUCACCAUCACCGUCCCCACUGUUCCCCCUACGGCGCAGCCAACCGCCAGCUCUACUCGUCGUCCUACCAGUCGUCCCACCGUUACCGGCGAGCCUCAGCCCACUGGUGGCGAUGAUGACGAUGUGGACUGCCCUACUGAGUCUGCUAAGCCUCCCAAGCCUACAAAGACGCCUUGCCAGACUGGUAACUGCCCUCCCGGCCACGAUGAUGACGACGAUGAUGAUGAGCCCCAGACCCCCUGUGAGACUGGCAACUGCCCUGGUGGUCAUGAUGACGAUGAUGAUGAUGAUGAUGAUGAUGAGCCCCAGACGCCUUGUGAGACUGGUAACUGCCCUGGCGGAAACGGCUCCGACAAUGGCAGCGGUUCUGGCUCUGGUUCGGGAUCUGGCUCUGGUAGCGGAAGCGGCUCUGGAUCUGGAUCUGGUUCCGGUUCGGGAUCUGGCUCUGGUAGUGGAAGCGGCUCUGGAUCUGGCUCCGGCUCCGGCUCUGGAUCCGGUAAUGAUGACGGUUCUUCUCCCGUUGUCGUCGCUAUGGGCAACUCCCUCACCGCCGCCCCCGGUCUCAUCAUCGCGGCCGGCCUUGCCUUCCUGCUUAUCUAA